AUGCCUGGAUUGGAGAGCGCAGUGCCCGACUUCAAGCUUGCGACUGACCCUCCCGAGUCAAAGAUCACGCCUGCAAACACGUCUCACGCCUCUUUAUUCUCACUUAGCGGGAAGACAAUUGCCAUCACAGGUGCUGGCCGUGGGCUAGGUAUAACUCUGGCUGCCGCCAUCCUCGAGGCGGGUGGCAAUGUGGCGUGUCUCGACAUACUCACAGAGCCCGCCGCAGAAGAGUGGGCUGCGACCACCAAGACCGCCAAAUUAUCAAAACUGUCCCUGACCUACCGUCGAGUCGACAUCACGGACGAGGAGAACCUAGCAAAGGUUCUAGACGAGGUGGCAGCCGAUGGUGAUGCUGUGGGGGCACCGUUCUACGGUGUCAUUGCUUGCGCUGGCAUACAGCAACAAAUCCCUGCUGUCGAAUACCCUAAGAACGAUUUUGAGCGAAUACUUUCCGUCAAUGUCACUGGGUCGUUCUUGACGGCCAAACACUCGGCCAGAAUAAUGAUUAAGAAUGGUGUCAAGGGUAGCAUUGUCUUGAUAGCUUCAAUGUCUGGGGAGAUUGCCAAUCGGGGACUGAGUUGCUCCGCAUACAACACCAGCAAAGCUGCUGUACAGCAGAUGUGCCGUUCCGUCGCGCAAGAAUGGGGUACACAUGGCAUUAGGGUGAACACUCUAUCUCCAGGAUACAUCCGCACCGCAAUGACCGACAUGCUGCUCGCCCAGAAUCCAGACUUGGAGAAGACUUGGAUGGCUGGGGCGUUGUUGAAUAGACUGGGUGCACCUGAAGAUUUCAAGGCACCCGCUAUAUUCCUCUUGUCUCCUGGUAGCUCAUUUAUGACCGGCGCCGAUCUUAGAGUAGACGGUGGCCACUGUGCCUCUGCAUAG